AGGCGAGGGUCACCAGAGAGGGACCAGGCUGGGGGGGGGCUGGAAAAGAGACACAGAGGGAGAGCUUUUAAGGGAUUUGGCGGUGAUUUGUAGAAUCUCACUGCUGUAAUGUUGCACUUCUCUGUGCAGUCUGCCACAAACGACAGCCUCCAGUCUCUCCUUUUUUUCUUUUUCUUUUUUUUUUUCAUUUUGUCUUCAGAAAAACCACAAAUGUUUAUUUGAUGGAGUCCUGUUUUUAAAGCUGGUGUCCGAUGCUGCACAGAGUUAGUGCGUGAGAUGACAGAGGAUUUAUUGUCGGUGAGGAAGACUCGGUGUGUGAUGGUUGGAGUGGUCUCUGCAGGAGCUGCCGGGACGGACCGCACCAGGACCAGGACCGCUCCGUGAGGGAUGGCCCGGUGUGGACGGUAGUGGCCCAGUGCUGUGGUACCUCUGCUGCUCAUCAUCAUGGCAUCAGCGGAGCGUUCAUCUGACCCGGUCUGCCGUCUCAGCCUCCGGCCGGGUUACGGGGCGUGGCUUCAGCUGCUGUGGGUCCUGGUGCUGGGUACGAGUCCGGUGGCGAGUCCGGCAGCACCGGCCCAGCUGGACACCCAGCCUCAGUCCAUCAAGAUCGACGGUGACAUCAAACUGGGCGGGCUCUUCCCCGUUCACUCCCGGGGGCCCGCCGGGGUCCCCUGUGGAGAGAUCAAGAGAGAGAAGGGGAUCCACCGACUGGAGGCCAUGCUGUACGCCCUGGACCAGAUCAACAGUGACCCCGACCUGCUGCCCAACAUCACCCUGGGGGCCCGGAUCCUGGACACCUGCUCCAGAGACACGUACGCCCUGGAGCAGUCGCUCACCUUCGUCCAGGCCCUCAUCCAGAAGGACAACUCAGACGUGCGCUGCUCCAACGGAGAGCCCCCCAUCAUCCCCAAACCAGAGAGGGUGGUGGGCGUGAUCGGGGCCUCUGGCAGCUCCGUGUCCAUCAUGGUGGCCAACGUUCUCAGACUGUUCGCGAUCCCCCAGAUCAGCUACGCCUCCACCGCCCCAGAGCUCAGCGACAACAGCCGCUACGAGUUCUUCUCCCGCGUGGUUCCUCCCGACUCCUACCAGGCCCAGGCCAUGGUGGACAUCGUCAAAGCCAUGGGCUGGAACUACGUCUCCACUAUCGCCUCCGAGGGCAAUUACGGCGAGAGCGGCGUAGACGCCUUCCUGCAGAUAUCCAGAGAAGCAGGAGGGCUGUGUAUUGGACAGUCCAUUAAGAUCCCCAGAGAGCCGGGACCAGGGCAGUUUGAAAAAGUCAUCAAAAGACUGAUGGAGACCUCAAACGCUCGGGGGGUCAUCAUUUUUGCCAACGAGGACGACAUCAAACGGGUGUUGCAGGCUGCAAAAAAAGCCAACCUGACGGGCCACUUCCUCUUCGUUGGAUCCGAUAGCUGGGGGGCUAAAAGCUCUCCCAUAGAGGAACAGGAAGAGGUGGCGGAGGGCGCCGUCACUAUCCUGCCCAAAAGAGCUUCUAUUGAUGGCUUCGACCAGUACUUCACUUCGAGGUCUCUCGAAAACAACAGAAGAAACAUCUGGUUUGCAGAAUUCUGGGAGGAUGACUUCAAGUGCAAACUAACUCGGCCUGGCAUUAAAUAUGAGCUUGGUAGAAGAAAAUGUACAGGUGAUGAAAGAAUCAGUCGAAACUCUCAGUAUGAACAAGAGGGGAAGGUGCAGUUUGUGAUCGACGCCGUGUACGCCAUGGCCCACGCCCUGCACAGCAUGCACCUGGACCUGUGUCCCGGCUACAUGGGCGUCUGCGAGAAGAUGGACCCGGUGGAGGGACGGAUGCUUCUGCAAUACAUCCACUCCGUCAGCUUCAAUGGCAGCGCCGGAACUGGAGUGAUGUUCAACGAGAAUGGAGACGCUCCCGGUCGCUAUGACAUCUUCCAGUACCAGCUGUCCAAUAUCACCAACCCUGGCUACAAGGUUAUUGGACAAUGGACGAACCAUCUGCGACUCAAUCUGGAGGAGAUGCAGUGGUCGGGAGGAGACCGUAAAAUCCCAGAGUCGGUGUGCAGUUUCCCCUGCGAAUCGGGAGAGAGGAAAAAGAUGGUGAAGGGCGUUCCCUGCUGCUGGCACUGCGAGCUCUGUGACGGCUACCAAUACCAGCUGGACGAGUUCACCUGCGACAUGUGCCCCUUCGACAUGAGGCCCUUAGAGAAUCGAACGGGUUGUCGUCCGACACCGAUCGUCAAGCUGGAGUGGAGCUCCCCCUGGGCUAUCAUCCCUGUCUUCCUGGCCAUCCUGGGCAUCCUGGCCACGACCGGAGCCAUCGCCACAUUCAUCCGCUUCAACGACACGCCCAUCGUUCGGGCCUCUGGGAGAGAGCUCAGUUACGUGUUGCUGACAGGAAUCUUCCUCAUCUACCUCAUCACCUUCCUCAUGAUCGCAGAGCCCAGCGGGGCGGUGUGUGCCUUCCGCAGGCUCCUGCUGGGACUUGGCAUGUGCAUCAGUUACGCCGCCAUGCUCACCAAAACCAACCGGAUCUACCGCAUCUUUGAACAGGGCAAGAAGUCAGUCACGCCUCCCAAGUUUAUCAGCCCCACCUCUCAGCUGAUUAUCACCUUCAUACUCAUCUCCGUGCAGUUACUUGGAGUGUUCAUCUGGUUCGGCGUGGAGCCUCCUCACGCCUUCAUCGACUACGAGGAGCAGAAGCCUCCGAACCCGGAGUUCGCCCGUGGGGUACUCAAGUGUGACAUGUCCGAUCUGUCCCUCAUAUCGUGUCUGAGCUACAGUUUCGUGCUGAUGAUCACCUGCACAGUGUACGCUAUAAAGAGUAGAGGCGUUCCUGAGACCUUCAAUGAGGCAAAGCCCAUCGGCUUCACCAUGUACACCACCUGCAUCAUCUGGCUGGCCUUUGUGCCCAUCUUCUUUGGCACGGCGCAGUCUACAGAGAAGAUGUUCAUCCAGACCACCACCCUGACGGUGUCCAUGAGCCUGAGCGCCACCGUGUCGCUGGGCAUGCUCUACAUCCCUAAGGUCUACGUCAUCAUCUUCCACCCGGAGCAGAACGUGCAGAAGAGGAAGCGCAGCUUGAAGGCCGUGGCCCAGGCGGCCACCGUGUCCACGCAGCUCUCCGUCAAGUCCGACAAACAGAACGGAGCGUCCAAGAUAGUGCCGGACCGGUCCCAGUAACCCACACCAAAAGACCACGCGCUCGCUCUUUGACUGGAACUUCUGAUCCUAAUUUAUGAACUGAAAUAACAGAGAAGAUAGGUCUAGACUAUUUUAAUUUAUUUGAUUUUUGUUUUCUUCAGGCUUAGGUAUCAACCCGAGAUGAAGCACAAUCAUAGAAAAGAGAACUUUCUAGUACACAGACACAAGGAAUGCUGGGAUACCAAGCUGUCAUCAAUAGUGAUCCAGUUGAUUUCUUUCUUUUUUUGUAAAAUCUUAAUGCACCUCAAGCUGACAAAGAGAUACUGUUAGUUUUAGAUAAAAGACGAGAUGAAGUGAAGCUCCAGCGGCGGGGGGGGACCGGGGGGGCCGGGGCCUGCGUGGAGACCCAUGCUGAUGACGGCCCUGCUCGCCGGCUCCACCAGCACUGCAUGGACUCAACGCAACACCAGUAGAAGAAGGCACUGAAAUACUGUUUUAAGGGGGGGGGGGGGUGUUUUCUUGUCACUGCACUGGAAUUAAGUCGUUUAAAAAAAAUAAAAAAAAACACCACGUCUGAAUUAGUACCAUGAAGGGAAAUAAAACAAUUCCAUGACUCACAGCUAAAUCUUCU